ACCAAAAACUCCCAACACAAUUAUUUCCAAAUCUUCCAUAUUUAAUUCCAAACAAUCCCCUUAAACCCCUUAUAUAUAGCAACACCAUUUUCAUUACCAUAUCACCAUUUUAUUUUCCAUCUUUAAUUUUCUUUUUAAUCUCUUCAUCACCUCAUUAUUAUUGUUAUUACCAAAGUUCGAAAACCAUGACGAGGAAGAAAGUGAAGCUGGCGUUCAUCACAAACGACUCGGCCCGAAAGGCGACGUUCAAGAAGAGGAAGAAGGGUCUGAUGAAGAAGGUGAGCGAGCUGAGCACGCUGUGCGGGAUCGACGCGUGCGCGGUCGUGUACAGCCCGUACGAGGCCCAGCCCGACGCGUGGCCCGACGCGCGUGGGGCGCAGCGCGUGCUGGCGCAGUUCAAGCGGAUGCCGGAGAUGGAGCAGAGCAAGAAGAUGGUGAACCAGGAGUCUUUCAUCCGCCACCGCAUCUCGAAGGCGGCGGACCAGCUGAAGAAGGUGCACAAGGACAACCGCGAGAAGGAGAUCACCCACCUCAUGUACCAGUGUCUCACCGGAAAAGGGCUCCAGGGCUUGGCCGCGCCGGAGUUGAACGAUAUGGGGUGGCUUCUGGACCAGAAUUUGAAGGAUAUUUAUAAGAGGAUUGAUGGCCUCAAGAAGGCGGCGGCGGCGGAGGGGAGUGUGCAGGUGGAGCAGAAGCCGGCGGUGUUGGAGCUUGGUGGCUGUGUGGAUGGUGCGCUGCAGAGGCAGCAACAGCAGCAGCAGCAGUGGUUUACGGAGUGGAUGGGGAAUAGUGCGAGUGAUAUUCAGCACCAGGCGGCGGCGGGUACGUUUGGGCAUGGCGGCGGCGGCGGCGCCGCCGGCGGAGGUGGGGAAGAGAUGAUUAUGCAGUUUAAUGAUGGGAAUAAUCAUGCGGCCAUGUGGUCAAAUGUCUUCUUCCCUUGA